AACUCAUCCUUCCCAAAAAGAACACAAUUUGUCAACAAAGAAGAGAAAGAGAAAUGGAAGUAGCUCAAGUGCUUCACAUGAACGGAGGAGCUGGAGAUUUAAGCUAUGCUAACAACUCACUUCUUCAGUUAAAGGUGAUAUCAAUGACGAAGCCAAUUGCGGAGGAAGCCAUUGACAAACUGUACGGCUCAACUCUCCCAAAGACCUUCACCAUUGCUGACUUGGGUUGCUCUUCUGGGCCAAACACCUUCAUGGCAGUUUCCCAACUCAUUAAGGCGGUGGAAAACGCCCGUCGAAAGCUCUGCAAAGACCCAAUUGAGUAUCAAGUUUUCUUGAACGAUCUCCCGGGGAAUGACUUCAACACCAUAUUUAAAUCGCUGCCUGGUUUUCUCGAGAGUUUCAAGAUGGAGAUUGGGUGUGACGAUCUGGGGCCUUGUCUCUUCACUGGGGUGCCUGGUUCGUUCUAUGGGAGGCUUUUUCCGAGCCGAAGUGUGCAUUUUGUGCAC